CUCCCUCACGAAACCCGAUGCAUCCAAGGAGCUGGCUCCAUCAUGGGCACCUGUUCCCCAAACACCAUGCCUGGGUUCGUUCUCUUCUGCCUCCUCUCUGCUCUCUUCACUGCAGGACACUCACUGAUCUGCGAGGUGUGUAAAUCUAAAGACAUCACGUGCUCAGGAAAUCUGCAAACCUGCGACGAUUCGGAAGACAUCUGUGCUACGCUUGUAGCAGAAUAUAAGAUUGCGGGACUCUACUUCCGGAGAACAUUCAAGGAAUGCCUGGCCUCCUCCCCCAUCUGUAGCUUCAUCCCCUUCAGCAUGACCUUCCGGCCGAGCAUCGCCAUGCGGACGAGCUUUAACUGCUGCAGCACCGAUGGGUGCAACUCCGGGCAGUCUGAACGUACGCCCUCCUUACCCACGCCUCCCCACCCAGGGUUCUGUUCAGCCGCUUUCUCUCCCACGGAAUGUUAUGGAAGUGGAAGGGAUAUGACCUAA